GUGCCGACGUGCGCGGAGCACGACCUGGAGAACUACAGCAUGUACUGCGUGAGCUGCCGCAGCCCCGUGUGCUACCAGUGCCUGGAGGAGGGCCGGCACGCCAAGCACGACGUCAAGGCCCUGGGCGCCAUGUGGAAGCAGCACAAGGCACAGCUAUCUCAGGCUUUAAAUGGCGUUUCAGAUAAAGCAAAGGAAGCAAAAGAGUUUUUGGUUCAGCUGAAAAAUUUAUUGCAGCAGAUACAGGAGAACGGGUUGGAUUAUGAAGCCUGUCUUGUUGCUCAGUGUGAUGCCCUGGUUGAUGCAUUAACUCGUCAAAAGGCAAAGCUGCUCACAAAAGUUACCAAAGAACGUGAGCACAAACUAAAGGUUGUUUGGGACCAGAUAAAUCACUGUACACUGAAGCUACGCCAGUCAACAGGGCUUAUGGAAUAUUGCCUAGAAGUUAUCAAAGAAAAUGAUCCCUCUGGGUUUUUACAGAUCUCAGAUGCUUUAAUCAAGCGCGUUCAAGUAUCUCAGGAACAGUGGGUCAAAGGCGCCUUGGAACCAAAAGUAUCUGCUGAGUUUGACCUGACUUUGGAUAGUGAACCUUUACUGCAGGCGAUUCACCAGCUGGAUUUUAUUCAGAUGAAAUGUAGGGUGCCACCCGUCCCAUUACUGCAGCUGGAGAAGUGUUGCACCCGAAACAACAGUGUGACAUUGGCUUGGAGGAUGCCACCUUUGAGCCACAACCCAGUGGAGGGUUAUAUCUUGGAACUUGAUGAUGGAGAUGGUGGCCAAUUCCGAGAAGUAUAUGUUGGCAAGGAGACUCUCUGUACUAUUGAUGGCCUUCAUUUCAACAGUACCUAUAAUGCAAGAGUCAAAGCUUUUAAUUCAUCAGGAGUAGGUCCUUACAGCAAGACAGUUGUUUUACAGACGUCAGAUGUGGCGUGGUUCAGCUUUGACCCCUCCUCAGCCCACAGAGACAUAGUGCUGUCCAAUGACAACCAGACGGCCACCUGCAGUAGUUACGAUGAUCGGGUGGUUCUCGGCACGGCGGCCUUCUCCAAGGGAGUGCAUUACUGGGAACUGCAUGUGGACCGGUAUGAUAACCACCCGGAUCCAGCCUUCGGCAUUGCCAGGAUUAAUGUAGUCAAGGACAUGAUGCUAGGCAAGGACGACAAAGCAUGGGCCAUGUACGUUGACAACAACCGCAGCUGGUUCAUGCACUGCAAUUCUCACACCAAUCGGACCGAAGGGGGAGUUUCUAAAGGUGCCACUGUUGGUGUGCUCUUGGACCUGAACAAGCACAACCUGACCUUUUACAUCAAUGGGCAGCAGCAAGGGCCUCCAGCAUUUGAAAAUGUCGAGGGUGUUUUCAUGCCUGCAUUAAGCCUCAACCGAAAUGUCCAGGUGACUCUACAUACAGGACUGGAGGUGCCACAAAGUAUAAAACAGCCAAAGUUGCCCAGCAACUAGUGAAGCCCUUGGUGCCUCAACACAAGCUGGAUUCUGUAAGCUCUCUCAGUGUGAUUUGGCACUUCUCAGUAAGUCAGUAUAAAAGCAUUCUCUGCCCUAACUUAAGAUAUUAUGCAGCGUGCUUUUCACCAACUAAACUGCUGGUUACAGCUAACCCACACGAUUUUUAACUUAACAGCCAUACCAAGCAUUCUCCCAGAAGUGGCACUUGCUUGCAAAUGGGUACCUGAACAUAUCUACACAGCAUUGCGUACAUGG